AAAUUAGGUGGUCAAACCGACAGUGUUGUUUAAUGGUUUUGUUCGUAGUUUGCUGCCCCGUUACCCAAACUACCGGAGACGUGGUCUCUGGUCCAUGCAAUCGAUUAUAAAUGUUUAGACAACAGAGCAAAAAGAUACAGUUAAAUGAGCAAUAAAAUAGAGAUCAACCCGGCACUGUUUUUUACGUUUUUCAUUACAGUUUGAUCUCUUGUUAUCAGUAUUUUAGAAGACGUGAUCAGUUUCACUCCUUUCCAUUCAGUCGAUUACAAUAUUUCAGGAAAAAGGAACAAAACGCACAUAGUCGAGCGAAAAACAUAAUAGAGAUCAAACCGGCAGGGUGUAAUACGCUUUUACUUGCUCUUCAAUAUGCUAUUAUCAGUACUGCAGGAAACGUGAUCGUUUUCGCUCCUUUCCAUUAAGCCAAUUAUAAACAUCGAAAUUUUUGACGAAAAAUAAUUAACUAUUUUUUUUGUUAAAUUCAUUAUGUAAAUCUCAAGCAAUAUAGCGGACAUAAAAAUGCUCAUUUUGAGAUUUCACAACGAUGGAGUAAUUCACAAUUUUUUUAUGGUCGUUUACAAUUUAUUUUUUUGCUUUUUCUCUCUUAAAGUAAACCUAUUUGUUGUUAUAAAUCGAAAAACUGUAAGAAAGCUUGUACGGAAGGUAAAUUUCUGCACAAAUUCAGCUCCAACAAACAAACAAAAGAUAAACUGUUAUCGAGACUCAGCUGGUUUAUUCUCAGUUUUCAAUCAUGGAUCAUCGUCGCGUGCUUAGGCAUGCCGCUUUAGUGCGUGCAAAUUAUAAUUAUCUGCAGGCCAGCCGAUAUUAUGGAUUAAUACACUUAAAUGAGCCGACUUCUUCUCGUCAAAGCUUCAUGCGGUACGCAUUAUUAGUUAUUUUUUUAGGACUCGUACGUGAAAAUAUUCAUUUCGUCUUUUUUACCUUUUUGUUAGUCUCCACGUACGAUCCUACGAUACGGUAUUUUAAAGGCCCCGAGAAGACCUCGAGUGAGGCCAGUUAGCGGCCCCGAGGAGAAGAAAUAUUGGAAGAGUUUCGAAACAAUCUAGUCUAGAGUGCAAGACGUUACGCACGUGAAGCACUACGUUUCAAUGAACGUACUUUAUAUUUUUAUGUAUAAAUAUUUUUAACUGCACCAAAUGAUUACACCCCGACCGACGAUUCGAGGAUUUUUUGUCUUUGCAACUAUUUUAGGAGAGUACAUACAUACGCAAAAGAGCAAUCGAUCCAAUGAACGUUUGCUUCCGGAUUGCCAAUGAUACAUGUAGUAAUUUCGUCUCUACUUCUGAUUUUCACAAUUAGAAGUAGCUCUGGAACUGUUCUUGUAUCGAUCACACUUUUGGGCACGUACGUUCACUAUAAAUUGUGAGAAGUAUGUGGAAGUCUCUCGAACUGACAACCGUAACGCUUUUUGAAAAUUGUUUAAACCAUUUGGUACAGCUAAAGAUGUUUUAUUCGGUUUCUUGUUUGAAUUUGUCAUCUGUAAACUUCCAAAUCUUUCUUUAUCUUGAAUAAUGAUGUUUUUUCUAACUGUCUUCCCUUAUUGCGACACUUUUUGUGUAGGAAUGAAUCGUAAAAUAGUACAGCUGAUUGUACGCAAAGUCAUUUUUCCGUACAAAAUCCAGCCUCAGCAGCAGCUUUUAGAGCAUGACCCAGCGACUCGCUCCGCAUAUGCUUUAUGGGCAAGGGCAAAUCUUGAGGAAGACCCCAAUUUUUUUCGGUCCGUUUGCUUCGGAGAUGAGUGCACUAUUUCGAGCCACGGAAUAAUGAAUCGGCAAAACACCCGCAAAAGGGCACCAGAGAAUCCAAAUUGGACGAUUCCCAUCCCACUUCAACACCAGUGCAAAAUUAACGUUUGGGCAGGCAUCGUCAGUGAUCGUCUUAUAGGGCCGUAUUUCAUUGAGGGAAAUUUAGAUCGACAUAAGUACAUCACGUUAUUGGAGGAGCAUCUUGACGGUAUGCUGCGGAACGUUUCAGAAGUGGUCCGCAGAAAUAUGUGGUGGAUGCAGGACGGAGCAGGAGCACACACUGCGUUAAUUGUGCGGGCGGAGCUGCAUCGUCGUUUUCCGGAGCGCUGGAUUAGAUUGCAUGGUCCAGUUAAUUGGCCACCAGUAGUAUAA